GUGAUGAAGAGUCUGCGCCACAAAUACGUAAUCAGUUUCUACCAAGCCAUCGAGACCACCUCCCGCCAUUAUAUCAUCAUGGAGCUGGCACCCUGCGGGGAUGUCUUGGAGUGGAUCCAGAAGUCGGGCGCUUGCUCCGAGGCCCUGGCGGGGAAGUGGUUCUCCCAGCUGGCCCUGGGCAUCGCCUACCUGCAUGGCAAGGGCAUCGUGCACCGGGACCUCAAGCUGGAGAACCUCCUCCUGGAUAAGCGGGAGAACAUAAAGAUCUCAGACUUUGGUUUUUCCAAGAUUGUGACCCCGCAGACGCAGCCGCCCCCGACUCCUUCCUACCGCAUGAUGAGCUGCUUCUCCCACCUGAGCCAGACCUACUGCGGCAGCUUCGCCUACGCCUGCCCGGAGAUCCUCCUGGGGCUGCCCUACAACCCCUUCCUCUCCGACAUCUGGAGCAUGGGGGUCAUCCUCUACACCUUGGUGGUGGCCCACCUGCCCUUCGAUGACACCAACCUCAAGAAGUUGCUCCGCGAGACCCAGAAGGAGGUCAACUUCCCAAGCCACCUCCAGAUCAACGAGGAGAUAAAGGAGCUGGUCCAUCGCAUCCUCCGCCCGGCUUCGAAGCGCCUCAACAUCUUGGAAGUCCUCAAGGUGCAGUGGGUCAUCAAAUUCCUUGCUGAGAAGCCCACCACGGAGCUCAAGGCCCUGGAAGCCAUCUGCGGACCCCGGGCCUCUGAGUCCUUGAAGAACGCCAACCUCAGCACUAAAUCCCGCUCCCUGACUUUCGCGCCGGACAAAAAAAAGGCCGCCAGCCGUACGCGCAGCACUGGGCAGAUCAAGGGCUCCAAAAACACAGAGAAAAGCAGCUAA